UUUUUUAUUCUGUGGUGCACGCAUAUUCUAUUCUGUGGUGGUUCAUAUUCUAUGGUGCAGUUGGUUCUUUAUUCUAUGGUGCAUGUAUGUAGUACUAGCGUCAUCUGCACUGAAAGAGUUUCCGCCACAUUUUUCAAAGUUGGUUCUAUGCCAAUUUUUUCUCCCGCUUCAUGUCGUGAUGCCAGGCUGCUGUGCGUACGGUUGCCGAAACCGCAGUGGUGAAGAGAAAAAGCUUUUUUCAAUACCUAGGAGCUCGCAGGACCAAGCUCGCAGAACUGAAUGGCUUCGGAGGAUUAACAGGGCCAACUUCAACCCAUCGCGCCGUUCGGUGCUCUGUGAGGACCACUUUACGGAUGACCAGUUUGAGCCCCUUGUGCUGGAGCGGUAUGGGGUCAAGAAGCUGCGCCGUGAUGCUGUCCCUACUAUCUUCUGCUACGACAAGAGUGCCAAAACCAGCUCUGUUAAGGUUCUUGCCAAAAAACGCAUACGGACGACCAAGAACAGCUGUUUCUACAGACCCAGGUUGAAGAAGAAAGCACCGCUAGAGACCCUGCAGGAAAGCCAGAGCCAGCCAGGCGAAAGCGUGGUUCACAUCAAUGUGGAUGAUGGGGUGCUACAGCUACAAGAAGCACUGCCAAUGUCUGUUGAAUCCUCGAGCAAAGACUGGCUCUCCAGCUCUUCGAACCAAAGUUUGGCGCCUACUGGAUGCCAGCAAGCUGCCAGACCAGACAAAACGCAACUAGUGCAAGGAAAAAAUGUUGCUGCUGUUAGUCUCCCAAACGAGGACUGUGCCGGAGUUGAAAUGGGAGACCGACAGGGGGUAGCGGGAAAGACGGGAGCAUGCUCGUCCAGUCUCGUUCACGUAACGACAGUGUGCAGCAGUACAGCAAAUGGUAGGCAAACAGCGGGUGCAGUUGAAUCGUACAGCUUCCCUGCUUGGCCAAGCGAGAAUACAGAGCGUGCAACUGCUGUAGGUGGACACGACCACGAGGCGAAACCAGUGACACCUGGAGGGGGGGCACCCGAGGUAUUUGUCACUUGCCUGAUCCCUGCUGGCAUUGAAAAUGGAACCCAUCAGAAAGGGAGAGACGAAUGUGCCAGCAGUUUCGCCCUGUGCCAGAGCUCAGCCUGCUCAGAUGUCCAAUCCGAGCCCCAGCAUGACACUGGUCAAGAAGACGCACCAGCGCGUCUUCCACUGCCCUCGGGCAACGACACUGUGCAAGGACGGGAAUCGGCAGCGGAGUACCGCAGUAAAGGCCACAGUGGUGGCAGCAAGCACCAUUGUUGCUGGUCUGAGACCCAUCCGCCCGAAACAAGCUUUAGCCGGCGAUAUUCAGAAGGCCUCGGGAUCCACUGGUGCGGGGACUGUAAACUGGCUAGGGAGCAGGACAGUGCAGACACAAGUGGCGGUAGAAGCCAGUGCUGAUAGUAGUACAGUGCAACGAUUGGUCCGAGCAGGUCUCGGUGGUGGACAGCAGUGCGAGGCCGCUCAAGCAAAAAAUCUGCGGAUGCCGAGAGAUUGUGUUGAUGGGCACCAAACCAGCAUGCAAAACCUGGCAGAUGAUACAGGACAUAAUGAAACAGAUGGGCAUCAUCAGUCGCUGUUCAGUGGCAGUGUGGGAGAUGUGAAUGUGUGCCAAAGUGAAACGGGAGCCGCUGGACCUAGCAGCCUUCCCAGUUCCAUCAAAAUAAGUUCGGUCUACACUCUUGUGGGUGAUGGGCACCAGCAUGCAGUGAGUACUGAAGAAAGAGGGAAGGAAUUGAUGAUCAACGGUCCUACCGUUAACCUUCAAGGAGGAGUUGCCACAGACUCAGCUCGGCUUACAGUCAGAUCACAAGAAGCAGGAGAAGAACCAAUCCAUGCAACUGAUUUUCAAAGGUCGGACAACCCCUUGUCUUCACUGGAGCAUGUGGUUGACGUUAAUGAUCCUGAUCCGAAGAGCGACAUUACCCUCGGACAUCACAACACUGAAGUAGAGAUGGUUGCAUAUAGAUUGAAUCCACUGUUCAAUAUCGUGCAACCAGCCCUUUUUGUAAUGCCUUUGUUUUUUCCGCAGACCUGAAAGUUCACAAACGUGCAUAAGACUGCAUCACUUGUCAUGAUGACACUUUGUUACACAUUUAAACCAGCUAGUCAUGAAUGUGUACACUGUAUUUGGAAAUGCAGGAAAAAAAAAUAUGCUGUUAUCUUUGUGCAUAGGAUAAUUGUGCAAGUAGUGCCAGCUAUUACAAAGUUAUGUGUGAUAUUUUUAUGUGUACUUUAUGAGCCUUCAGAAGCUCUAGAUCAGCAAUUAUGGUGCAAUAAAUGUUCUGCCUACUAACCUUUCACAACAUGCCAGCUGUCCAGCUCAUACUUGAUGCCUGGCUCUCUUUCCCCGAUAUGUUUGCGAAUCCCGGGGUGUCUGACGGUGGUCACAGUUGAAACCUUCAGGUCUUUGGAGUGCAGUUCACCAAGGCAUUGCACGAAGCCUACUUUUUCCAUUUGCGGGCUUGUUUUCACCUGUGGAUUCUACAACAACAACAAAGUAAGGCAGUAAUGCUUCAGACAUAAAAAUUAAACCAGAAUUGUGCGACCUUGCAGAACACAACCCAAUUUCCAGCGAAGCUGUUCAUUUUAAGUAGUUGCCAUAAAUGUUUCAGUUGCCUGUAAUUAAAUCACAUACUUGGAACCUCGCCCGCAUAGGACUUCUGAAACUUUACACGCAUGUAAUGCUCUAUAGCACAUGUUAAGGAAUUUUAACAAAUGCAGUAAAUAAUCAACAUACAAUGUAUUAGGCAGGACAUUGGUCACAGUACUCGUAAAAAAAGAAUACUCGUAAAGCUCCAGAGGACUUGAUCAUGUAAUUCAUUGCAAAGGCACUAACUAACUAAGCUGUGGCGUUUUUCACUGGUCGAUCUGGAGCGGCCGCCGAAAUCCUGGAGCGAGCGCUCGCAAUUCACCAACCCUAAUCUGCGAGCGGAGAGCGAAAAUGCUCCGCGCCGAAUCGUACAGGAAGUCUGCGCACAUACGUCACAAAAAUCGACUUCCACUCUGCAUGUUUCUAUGGCCACCAAGAUCGCCGUCCCCCAGCGAGCGGAAGUGACGUACCUUUCGUCCUAUUUCCGCCCCAAUCCGCGCCUCGGCAGCGGAGCAAGUGAGAGCGAUCCGGCGUGGAGCGAGUUGAUCCGAAACGACCAGUGAAAAGCGCGAACCCGCUCCAUCUCGACCAGUAAAAUUCGGAUUCGCAGCCGUGGAGCAAAAAAUCCUGCUCCCGAUUGACCAGUGAAAAACGCCAUAAGCUGCAUACUUCAUAUUUUGUGCACAAAUUAUCCUUUGCAUGCCUUGUUGCCUUGUUGAAUUCAUCGACAACACCGGACAGAGUAAUUGCAUACCACUUAUCAGGUGUGGAAAAACAGGACAAACGAGCAUUUGCUAAAUAUUUGUGAUGCUCCAACGAAGCCAUGAAUGCAAAAAUUUCGCCAGAGAUUGCACAUAUUACGCACCUCACUUUUAACAAAAAUUUUCAAUAAAAGAUGAAAUUUAAGUUAUUUCUUAUUGCUAUCGCUUUUUGGCACAUAGGGAAACAUGCUGAGAACGGCGUUGUGACACUUCUGAGCAAUUGGUGCAAAAAUUUUUUUUUACAAAAGCAGUACUUGAAGCGCAUGCACAUAACUUGGUAGACACAUUUGCAAUGGCGUUCUCUUUAGAAUUCGGUAUCGCUUGCACUUGUAGUUACACCAGGGUAGCUGACGAAAUUUUGCGCUAAUUGGAGAAAAUACUCGUAAAGCUCCAGGGCACUUCAUCAGUAUUUUAUGACAAAGACUGUACUUAAGCUGCACAUUUGAAAUUUUGUCCACACUGCCCAUUACAUGUGCCAUAGCUGCUUCAAAUAUAAACAAGGGGGCUUGUACAGUUCAUCGAGGACACUGGACAAAGUAAUUCUAUGCCAUAUCAGGUGAGGAAAAAGAGUUUAAGAAGCAUUCAAUAAUUAUUUUCAGUGCUUCUAUUCAAUACAGAAACAUGACAUUUUUGUGAGUGUAGAAGUGACAUUUCCUCCAUGAAAAUAUUAUUCAUGACAUGGAAAGUGCGCAGUGCAGAAUUUAUUACUUGAGUGAAAUUGUAGUGUGCCAUCGCCACUACACGGUGAGCAAUUGACACAGCACACACUGCUGUCCGUCUGAGUGCUGCAGCUCCUUGUGUCGAUCCUUCACUGCUCACCUAUGGCGGAGGACCAAAGCUCAGUUAUAAAUAUGUGGAAAAAAAUUUCGCAUGGAACCGAAACGCUGAUACAGAAUGUAAAAUAAAUGCAAAGACAUGGAGAUAAACAAUGAAAAUGGCAGUCAUAAAUGUACUAUGGACGAAUGCCACUGUAGCUAGUGCUGCGUCUUAGUUCUUAGAUAGUACCAGUAAUUAUGACACAAUUUACAAAAAAUUUUAUUCUAAACAUCACACACAGACCAGGGUCUCUUUUGACAGACACAGAUGCUUUGUUGGCGCAGCUGGUACAAUGCAAUUCAGAAAAUCUAGAAGAAAUGCAGCGAAAGUAGGGGAAGGCAGUGUGCAUUACAAAUUACGUAGAAGCUUUGACAGCCUCUGUUUAGAUGAGCCAACCCCAUCAUGAAGAAAAUGUGUGCCAUCUCAUGCAUAAAGUCAAAGUGCAGCUGCACACCACUGUUGUGCACAGUGCCACGGAGCACAGUCACGAAGUUCAUGCUGUAGCUGGCACAAGUGGCCCAGUGGCAGUUUAAGAUAACGCAACACAAUUUCACUGGGGAUUCGAAGUGCCAUCCAGUGGCAGCUCAAUUAUUACAAACUCUCAAAUCGGUGCCUUGGGCUACACUUCAAUUUCUCAUAUGAAACUGCUAUACUUCGGGCAGAAUGAGUGUUGGGGUUACCAGGAGAAUUGUAGAUUACAGAGUUUAAGAGUGGCUCACAAAGAGGUGAACGAAGGUCGAUCCAAAUAGGUCGUGAAGCUUCGGGCUGAAAGGGGUUCAGAACGAAUUGUCACCGACAUCGGCAAGGGUGGUUAUGGGAGCAGCGAUUGAAGCGCGACUAUGUUUGGAGGGAACAAAGCGUU